AUGGAAUAUUUCUUAAAUACAGUGAAAGUUGAAGGAGAUGGCCGUUUUGUAGUUAGUCUGCCAUGGCUUGAUGGGCAUUUGCCUUUGCCAGAUAAUUAUGAUUUGGCGUUAAAGAGAUUGCAAAUGACAACACGCAAGUUGAAAACCGACAAAUUGUAUGAUGCCUAUGGAGAAGUGUUCAAUGACUGGGAGAAAGAGGAAAUAAUUGAAGAGGUUCCAAAAGAAGACAUGGAGAUACCUUGUCACUACUUACCUCAUCGACCUGUGAUAAAGGAGAGCAGCACAACUAAAAUUAGGCCCGUGUUCAAUGCUUCUUCUAAGAGAAAAGGAGUUCCUAGUUUAAAUGAUUGUGUAGAGAAAGGGCUAAAUUUGAUAGAAGUAAUUCCCUCAAUGAUAAAUAAAUUUCGAAGAUAUAAAUUUGGUGUAACAGCUGAUAUACGUAAGGUUUUUUUGCAAGUAAGUCUUUAUGAGAAUGAUAGAAAUUUCUUGCGAUUCUUAUGGUAUGGAGAAAAUGGACUGCUGAAACAUUUUCGAAGAGUUGUGUUUGGCGUUUCCUGUCGUCCGUUUUUGCUUAGAGCCACUAUUCAAUACCAUUUGAAUAAUAAACUAGAGGAAGCAAUGGGAGGGAAUGAAAAAUACCCUAAAGAGAUUAUACAGGAACUAAUAUGCAGUUUUUAUGCAGAUAAUUGCCUCACAAGCGUGAAAACUGAAUCAGGGGUGAAACAAUUCAUGGAAGUUGCUUCUAAUAUUAUGGCUGAAAGACAAUUUGAUUUACGAGGGUGGGAGUCUACUAACCCAUCAGAAUCUAAUUCUAGUGAGACCAACAUUCUGGGAAUGAAGUGGAAUAGACAAAGUGAUACUCUUUCCAUAAAUAUUCCUGAUGUUAAUGAAACAAAGAAUGAAGUCAUCACAAAGCCAAAUAUUUUAUCAGCUUCAUACAGAGUUUUUGAUCCCAUAGGGAUAACCAGUCCAGUGAUGAUGUGUCCAAAACUCUUGCUACAAAAUUUGUGGAAGUCUAAAAUUGGUUGGGACGCUGAAGUUGAUCUAAAAACGAGCGAAGAAUUUCUAAAAUGGUUAAAUGAGCUUGAAUAUCUGAAGAAUGUAAAGGUGGCAAGAUGGUUGCACUGCGAUAAAGGAGUGGGAAAUAUUUCCAUUCAUUUUUUUUGUGUUGCGAGCAAAUAUGCCUAUUCGGCAGUAGUCUUUCUGCGAGUUUGUUAUGGGACUAAUGUUUAUGUACAGCUGGUACAAAGCAAAACAAGAAUUGUCCCUUGUGGGAAGAAAGAAACAACAAUUGCAAGAUUAGAACUUCUUGGUGCCACCAUAUCUGCUCGUCUUUCCAUUGAAAUCCGAAAGGAGUUUAAAACCGACGAUGUAUAUUUUUGGACAGACUCCAUCACAGUGUUAGCUUGGUUGAAAAGAGAAGAAACGUGGGGUGUAUUCGUGCAGAACCGUGUUCAAGAAAUUAGGAAACUGACACCAGUUCAAGCAUGGAGACAUUUACCUGGAUCCUUGAAUCCCGCGGAUCGGUCAAAUAGAGGUUGUUCAGCUAAACAAUUGCGCCAGUCAAAAUGGUGGGAUAUACCCUGUUGGCUGUAUUUUCCAUCCCGUGAAUGGCCAACUAACGACUUAGAGGAAGAUAUCAAUGAAGAAGAAGUGAUUAGAGAAAAAAGAAGAACGAUCGUAUCUGCAAUUGUAAACAUUGAAAAUACAGAAAUAUGGAGCGAUCAUUUUUCCUCUUACAGUAGAAACAUCAGAGUGGUGUCAUGGAUUCUUCAUUUUACACAUAACACAUCACAUCAAAAUAAAUUAAAAGGUAACUUGAGCUAUGAAGAAUUCAAAGAAGCAGAAACUCACGUUCUCAAAUCCAUACAAUUAAAAGCGUUUCAAGAUGAGAAGUUUCUUAACAAAAUGCAAGCAUUUAGAGAUGAAAAGGGAUUACUGCGAAUAAGAACCAAACUUGUAAAUAGUAAUGAAACUGAAGAUUUUAGAUUUCCCAUUCUUUUACCUGGUAAUAGUUUCGUUAUGAAGUUAAUACGAGAAGAGCAUGCUGGAUCUUCUAUCGUACUUGUCAGACUUAGGGAGAAGUUUUGGAUUCUUAAGGCUAAAAAGUUAGUAAAAGAAGUCAUUUCUAAAUGUGUGACAUGCAAGCGUUUCAAAUCUAAACCAGUUGAAGUUCCCGUCGCUCCGCUGCCUAGAGAAAGAGUUACCAUGACAAAAGUCUUCGAGGUAAGUGGCGAAAAUUAUGCUGGUCCUCUCUACUUAAGGUAA